AUGAGUCCGCUGCCUUCGCCGUUGAAGUCUAUGCUUCCACCUGCCCCACGGCCCGACGCGUGCAAUGUCGAGGUCCGCAUGGUACGAGACAUCACGCUGCAUUCCGAUCUUGAAGAGGUCUCCUCCACAUCCGAACGCAGAGAUUCGGGACUUGCUUCCCCGCCGGAGUGUCCUCAGACGCCGUGUCGUCGUCGGGACUUGGGAGCCACGAAGGUCAACCGCCGUGGGAAUCUGGAUUCAGACAGUGACGCCAGCUCACCCGAUCCAACGCCGCGGGCUGUAAGCGUGAUACUGUCCCCAGAGAAGCGCCUUCUUGCGCCAAGUCCCACGAAACGACCCGCUGCCCUGAGAGAUGUGGAGUCUUCUUGCAACCGAACACGAACCGCCGCACGUCCAGUUCGCGCUCCGCAAAGUCCGUCAGUUCAGCGAGAAUACAAAAGCCCUAAAGUGCAAGUGUCGCCGUACAUCUGGACAAUGACUGAAGCAUCCUCCUCUAGCGGUGCGCCCGUUUCCCAGGGGACCAGUCAAAUCCGAGAGCCUUUGGGCGAACUACCCGUCUCCUUUGAUGAAAUUGACAGGCGUGGGCGCGAGAGUGCCAUCGCGGAGACUCGACAAAAUUUCCGCAACCCCACAAUUGACUCGCGUGACGCAAGUCCCUCAAUGUACACGCCCACGAGCACUGCCAGAGUCGUACCGCCGCACGUGUGCUCACAACCUGCAGAACUGUCCGAAGAAGACGUGAAAGCUUGGCAGAGGGGGAUUCAACGAAAUUACCAACAGUCGCUGGAGGACAAAGAAAAUAACGUCGUGUUGCAGGCGGAAACUUGGAGUGAUGAUGAUGAAGAAUGA